CCUUGUUGCGCGCUUACCCGCAGGCGCCGCGCAGCCCAGCGGCGGCAGGCGGCCGCGACCGCAUCGGUGCGCUCGCCGACGGCGCCGACGCGCGGCGGGCAGCUUCGGCGUUGCGCGCUCUGCGGCGGCUGCUAGAGUGGACUUGACCUACACACGCAGAGAUGCGCGCCGCGCACGCCGCUGUAGAAUCAAGAGACGCGGGCCUCGAGGCGCGCCUCCACGCUAGAUUUGAGGGGCAACUAGAAGAACUGCGCGCCCAGGUCGCCGCGCUCGAAGCCCGUCUAACACAAGAACCGACAAAGCCGAAGACACCUACAAAGCCGAAGCACGACAACACGACCCUGGAACCGCUGUCCUACGACGCCGCCUUUGAACAACUGGGCGGCCAGGCCGCGUUAGAUGGCUACAGAGCACGCUCCAAAGCUUUGAUCGAGAGAACUAGAGAUGAUGCCUUAGAAAAGGAGCUCGCGGACCUGCAGAUGACGGAAAGGAGAGGAUUUAGUACAGCACUGGUGAAUCAGCGCUUCGUCGAGGAUCUGGACGAGCUCUACGACGACGCGCGACGAGCGAUGCCGGGCUUUUUCGCGACGUGCCAAGAUCUAGCGGUAAAGACCCAAGCCACCUUCCACGCCGGCGCCGAGAAAUGCUCUACAAGAGCGAGGAUGAAGGCCCUGUUCAAGUACAAAGAUUGUACAGGUGUGGCCUACCACCGCUUGACCGACGUCGUGCGAUGUACGCUGUCCUACACCUCUCUGGAGUUGCUCUAUGAUGGGUUUGAGAGUGUGUUGGAUGCGUUUGGGGAUCAUGUCAAGGAGGCGCACGAUAGGUACCAGACUCCUCUAGGAGACUACCGAGAUAUCCAAUUAGUAGUAUCUCAUGAAAACCACUUAUGUGAAUUACAAUUGACCACAUCUCUGUACAUGCGGGCCAAGGCCACGACGGGCCACCGGACCUUCGAGGUGAUCCGGGAGCUCAAGGCGGCUGUUGCGGAUGGUGACUCAACAAGGGUCGACACGGCCCUAUCUUGGGGCCACUGCUCCCAGCUCAAGGAUUUGUUGAGGACGCAGGCUUCCACCUUGUUAGCGGAGGCUUCCAAGAAAGGGCACGCGGGAAUUGUUGCGAGAUUGCUGAGAGCUGGUGCGGAUGCGAACGCUCCGGCAACUGAUGGGGAGACCGCUUUGCAUGCCGCUAUUCGUUUAGGUCACGAGCGCGUGGUCUGGGCUUUAUUGGAUGUUGGUAGUGCGGACCAUUCGGUGGCUUGUGACCGGGGCGCUUGUGCCCUGACGCUGGGUUUCGCUCUACUGAGAUCGUCAAAAGAAGAAUCUAGAGCGCGAGCGGUGGCGACAUUAGCGAGGCACGCGGGCGCCGAAGCCGUGAGGAAAGCGCGGGCGAACGUCGAUUCUUAUAUAGAAAAACAUUUAUGGCAGAACUGCCGGCAGUUAGUGGAAGAGGCGGCCGAAGGCGAUUACAAAGAGUGCGUCCGGUUACUUACGGAACGGUGGGCCGACCCGAACUCCAUGACUGAUAGUCGGAGCGCUUUGACCGCGGCGUGCCGCAACGGCCAUGGUGACGUCGUUUCUCUGUUGCUCGAGCAUCGAGCGAACAUAAACAGACCGUCGAAGAGCGGCGCGACGCCGUUGUACGCCGCCUGUAGCGGUCGCCACUACGAUCUUGCAUCGUUACUACUAGAAAGAGGCGCGGACCCGUCCCUAGCUCUACCAUCUGCGGUAAAGAACUGUGAGGUGGACGUCGCGAGGUAUCUGCUGGAGAAAGGAGCGGUCAUUGAUGAUGAUGUGGCAAAGCAGUUGACUCAUGGUAAUUUCGCGCCCCUCGACUCGCUCCUGGCGGACCCGAGUGAUACUAAAAGGAUGGACCUAGCUAGAGAUUUGGUGGGCAUGCACCCGAUCUUGCACGCCCAUGAAGGCGCCCGACCGCUGGUCUACGACUUCAAGGCCGGGGAUCUAGUCGUGGCGAAAGUGUCAUUCAAGAGUGUACAAGUGGGAGACCUGGGCACGGUCGCGGAGAAGCCGGCUCGAGAUCCUUCGCGGGUCGCCGUGGACUUUGGGCCGGGCAAAGGUAUCUAUAACUACGGCCGGGGCCAGAUGUGCGUCAGAGCACCGUUAGUGCCCGGUUUUGAACUCGUGAUUGGGGACCAGGUGACGUGCCUCGAGAAAGUCGACGCGGCCAUUCCAAGUCAUAGUAGAGGCACGGUCAUACGGCACGCCAACGAGCCGCCCACCGAAGUCAUUGUACGGUUCAAGGCAGGGGAACGAAGUGUCGAUGCGUCGCGAUUGGCCCAUGCCCCGCUGACCACCGGAAGCUUGAUGGCGAAAGGUGAUCGGGUCGUGGCGGGCGUCGCCUUCGAACAGGUGCGCAUCGGCGACACUGGUAUGAUUGUAGGCCCCGGCUCGACUUCGGCGCUCGACAACGCCGCGCGUAGACUACUAGUGGACUUCGGCCAACAACGAUGCUACAAUUACACGCCGUCGCAACUGACCUACGCGACGGAAUCGGGCAGUUUCAGCAAGGAGGACAAAGUUGUUUCUGCAAGGCCGCACAACGGCAUCCCGCGGGGCGCGCGAGGGAUCGUGAUUGGCCACACGGAUCAAGUUUUGAGGGUCGAUUUUGGUGGAAGAUGCGUUUUGAGCAGAAUCGGCGAUCUGGCCCACGCGCCGCUCGUCCCCGGUAGUGAUAUAAGGAAGGGCGACCGCGUGGCGGCGCGCGUCGCGUACGGCUCGGUCCAGGUCAAUGACCUGGGGACCGUUGUCGGUUCUGGUGAUCAAAAGUCACAAAGAGUCUGUGUGGUCUGGGACCGCGACGGCGCGAAGAACAACUGGCUGCCCGGCGCGCAGCUCGCCGUCGUCGACGCGCCGCCGCUCUCGGAGGGGACGCCCUAGUCCUGCUCCUGUGCGUACUAAGUUAUGUGUGCUUUU